AUGUGUGAAAUAGGAAAUUCGUCUAUAAGUAACGAAACAGUUGUUUGUUUGGGCUCCCUCAUCAGCCUCUUAGAAGGAUUCGGAUUCGUCACAUUUCAAAGUGAAGAUAUUGUAGAUAAAGUGUGCGAAAUACAUUUUCAUGAAAUCAACAACAAAAUGGUGGAAUGCAAAAAAGCACAACCAAAAGAAGUGAUGCUUCCAGCAAAUUUGGCGAAGACGAGAGCCGCCGGUCGCGGGGCCUACGAUUUCAUGUGGUCAUUGGGUGCUCUUCCUGACGGUUUUCCCGCAGCCUACGCCGCCUACGCGGCAGGACGUAGCUAUUCGGGCUAUCCUAGCUUCGGGCUACCUUACCCCGCAGUGGACCUGACCAACGGCCAACUCACACCGAAUAACAACACACCGCUGCUCGCGCAAGCGCUUUCAGUGAUGAACAACUACCAAGCAGCCGCAGCUGGGUAUGGGCCACCAGCUUCGCCGCACACGGCUGGAGGACGGGCGGGAUUCCCUGCUGCCAGCUCGCCAGGACCUGCGCUGGACGUGUACGGCUCCGCAGCGGACAGCGUUGGCUACGUGCAGGCAGCUAGCCCUCAGCCUUCUGGAUUUCCCGCUAUCGCCGUCAGCCGUGCACCCCUUAAUUACACCCCAGUGGCGAGCGGCGUGGCGGCGCGUGACAAUCCAUCUAUAACAGCAAGAAGACCAUCGUCUGCAAACCGCUCCCACGCACGCCGCGCCACGCGCCUUCGACGGUCGUCUACUCCGUCCGACCACCGCGCGGAGCGAUCCGUCGACCGCGGCAUCUCAAACUCACCAUACCCCCUCCACUUCCCUCACUCUCCCCCCCCCACGACACCUUAUCUUACCCAAUCCCCCCCUUAA